AAAUCAGUCGCUCCCUCCGACACACCCUCCGCACUGCUACCGCACGCCCUGCACGCCCUGCAACUGCAACGCCCUGCUUCUACAGCCUAUCUGCAGAGACGGACAGCUGGAUCAACGUGACCAAGAUGGCCAUUGCUGAGAAUUACGACGAGGUGCUCAAGGGCAAGUAUCCAGCCAAGGAGCAUGCGAAAAAGGUCAAGGAGUGGAUUUUGAGCAAGGGCGGGGACAAGAAUGGAACCAUCUACCUCGAGGCACAGAAGCAAAAGUUGAACGAGGACAAUGAUGGAGAGGCACCAUUCAGACAGCGACGAUACUUUUUCUACCUCAGCGGCUGCGAGCUCCCAGACUCGUACCUCAAGUACGAGAUGGCAACUGAGAAGCUGACGCUGUUCAUCCCCCCUGUAGAGCCUGACGAGGUCAUCUGGUCGGGUCUGCCCAUGAGCCCCGAGCAAGCCAAGGCCAAAUACGACAUUGACGAGUGCUUUACCACGAACCAAGUAAACUCGUACCUUGCCAACACAUCCGAGUCGCCACAGUCGACCAUCUAUGCCAUUCCAGAACAGGUAUCGGACCACAUUACCUUCAUUGCCUACAAGGAAAAGGAGUUCAAGCUACUGAAAACCGCCAUCGAGUACUGCCGAGUCAUCAAGACCGACUAUGAGAUUGCUCUCACCCGCAAGGCAAACGCCAUCUCCACAGCAGCUCACGAGGCGGUCAUGAAGGCUGCGUCCAAGGCGCAGAACGAAUGCGAACUCGAGGCUGUCUUCCUCAAGGCGUGUGUUGAGCGCAACGCAAAGAACCAGGCCUACCACUCUAUUGUUGCCGCAGGCGAGCACGCAGCAACACUGCACUAUGUCCACAAUGCAGCCCCAAUCGCAGACCAGAACCUGUUGCUGCUGGAUGCCGGCUGUGAGGUUGACUGCUAUGCAUCGGAUAUUACCCGUACAUUCCCCAUCAAAGGCACAUUCACAGACGAGUCUUUGGCCAUCUACAAGAUUGUGCUAGACAUGCAAAAACAAUGCAUUGACGCACUCAAGGAGGGCGUCGUCUGGGACCACAUCCACGAGCUUGCCCACAAGAUUGCCAUCAAGGGGCUUUUGUCUCUUGGUAUCUUGAAGGGAGAUGCCGAAGAGCUGUUCAACAAGAGGAUCAGUGUGGCAUUCUUUCCGCACGGUCUGGGUCACUACCUGGGAAUGGACACUCAUGACACGGGCGGCAACGCAAACUAUGCCGACAAGGAUGUCAUGUUCCGGUACCUCAGGGUAAGGGGCGCUCUGCCCGAGCGUAGUAUUAUUACUGUUGAGCCUGGAAUCUACUUUUGCAGGUUCAUCAUUGAGCCGUAUCUCAAGGACGAGGAGAAGAAGAAGUACAUUGACGAGAGUGUGCUGGACAAGUACUGGACUGUUGGAGGUGUUCGGAUUGAGGACAAUGUGCUGAUUACCAAGGAUGGGAUUGAGAACCUGACACCGACGCCGAAGGAGGUUGACGAAAUUACUCAGCUAGUCAAGUCUGCAUAGACGUAUUGAAGUUGGGUGUUGCCGACUGUACUUGGUUGAAGAAUAAGAUGUUCCAAACACAGUCCGUGUAACCUCUACGAGCAAUUGAUGAGGC